AUGAACCGUUUCACAUACGGCUUCGGUCUCCGAUUAGAUCGAACCUAUCUUCUCAUCUUUGCCUUCGCUUUUCUCGCAGUGACGAUUAGCGGGUGCGGGCCAGGCGGCUUUAACAUUAUUCCUCUCGGUGCCAAGCUCCAGAACGCCGACACUGCGUUUGACGAGGCAGAAACCAUGGAUAUCCAAAAUGAUGACCCGGAAAAGAUGGAGAAGAAUCGCAAGAGAAAGCAGGAACUUUAUGAUAGAGCGAUAGCACUCUAUUCAGAGGUCAUUGAACGCGAUACGAAAGGGAAAUGGGCACAGCGUGCACAUUUCCAAAUCUCCAAAAUCUAUAAGCGCCGCUACGAUUGGGAUAAAGCGACUGAGCAUUACGAAGCCAUUAUCGGGUUAGAUCCCACCGGAUAUUACGCAAACGAAGCGAAGAGUGGUACGGCAAAUAUUCGGAAGAAUCGCGAGAUUAUUAAGACGAAGCGGGCUGAAUACCAAAACUAUAAAGCUAUUUACAAUGAUUCGCCAACAGAUGAGACCUUUAACAUCGCCGCAGGGGCACUCUACGAGGUCGCUCGUGCUUAUGAAAGUCUGGAAAAUUAUACCGAAGCUAUCCGCAAUUACGAGCGAAUGGUCGAUGAAUUUCCUGAGCAUUCCCAGGCACCACAGGCGCAAUUUCAGGUCGGUAACGUCUAUUUUUACACCCUUCACGAUUAUCAAGCGGGUUGGCCCGCCUUUAUUGCAGUCGCCGAGAAGUUUCCAGAUUCUUACGAAGCUUCGCAGGCUGGAACGCUCCUGAAGCAGACAAAUGAAAUCCUGACAGAGAUUAAGUUUCUGAUGGAUGAAAUUGAUAAGUUCCGCAAUAAAAAAGCGGUUGAAUACCAAAAGACAGGUCGGAAAAUUACCCCUGCUGAUAUGUGGGUGAUGGGUAUGACCGAUCAGGUCGUUCAAAAUUUCCAACAGAUUGCGGGUAACUGGGAGAAGCUUCGCAACUUCCCCCGUGCUAUUAAUGCUUACACGACGUUGGCGAGAGACCUGUCGCAUAAGAAAUUCGCCGCGGCAGAUGCCCUAUAUCGUACCGGCACCCUUUAUCAACAAAACGCUGAGUACGAACGUGCGAUUGCGGCAUAUAACAAUCUGUUUACGAACGCCCCAGAGUCUGUAUGGCGAAACGAAGCCGUGUACCAACAGGCGGUCUGCUAUCGUUCCAUUCGUGAAUUCGGGGAUGCUUAUGAAGGGUUCAAAGCCUAUAUGAGCAUUACGAAGGGAGAUACACCCUAUCUUCGCGAAGCAGAGCAGAUUAUACGCCAGUAUGAACUUGAUCAGGACAGCGACGGAUACAAGUUCUACGAGGAACAAGAAGCGGGAACGUCCGACCAGGAUGCUAAUUCUCAUCCCGGCAUGGGCAUGUAA